CCCUGAAGGGUUGUAGCUCCGGGACCACUUCCCCUUUCUUCACUCUGAAGCCAGGAGCAGGCCUGCUGAGCCCUGGAGAAAGAUGAGAGCAGAUUUGUGGGUGAUUUAAUCUAUCUGUCCCAGGCCAGGGCAGCUAAGUGUGCUGGCUUGAGGCCUCUCUCUCUGCUUCGGUAGCUGAGAACCAUCCUGGAAACCGGCAUGAUGAAGGGGGCAAGUGAGGAGGAGAAGCUGGCAUCUGUGUCCAACCUGGUCACUGUGUUUGAGAAUAGCAGGAACCCAGGAGGAGCACCCAGAGACCGCAGGCUAGAGGAUGCACAUCACCGCCCUGGGUGCAGGCCUCCCGAGUCCCCAGGACCAUGGGAGAAGCCGAAUGUCAGGGGGUCCAUGGAGUCUGAGCCCAGGACAGUCAGCAGGAGGUACCUGAACUCCCUGAAGAACAAACUGUCCAGCGGAGCCUGGAGGAAAUCUUGCCAGCCUGGGACCCUCCCAGGAUUGGGGACACAGGACCCAGAGAAGAAGAUCGUCCAGGAGCUGCUGGAGACAGAGCAGGCCUAUGUGGCACGCCUCCACCUGCUAGACCAGGUAUUUUUCCAGGAGCUGCUGAGGGCAGCCCGCAGCAGCAAGGCCUUCCCUGAGGACGUGGUCAGGGUCAUCUUCUCCAACAUCUCCUCCAUCUACCAAUUCCAUUCUCAGUUCUUCCUCCCAGAGCUGCAGCGGCGCCUGGAUGACUGGACAGCCACCCCUCGCAUCGGAGACGUGAUCCAGAAGCUGGCCCCCUUCCUGAAGAUGUACAGUGAGUAUGUCAAGAACUUUGAGCGAGCAGCUGAGCUGCUGGCCACCUGGACCGACAAGUCUCCACUCUUCCAGGAGGUCCUCGCUCGCAUCCAGAGCAGCGAGGCUUCAGGCAGCCUGACUCUACAGCACCACAUGCUGGAACCAGUGCAGAGAAUUCCACGCUACGAGCUGCUCCUCAAGGAGUAUGUCCAGAAGCUGCCAGCCCAGGCCCCAGACCGGCCCGACGCCCAGAAGGCUCUGGACAUGAUCUUCUCAGCUGCCCAGCACUCCAAUGCGGCCAUCACUGAGAUGGAGCGGCUGCAGGACCUGUGGGAGGUGUACCAGCGCCUGGGCCUCGAGGAUGACAUCGUAGACCCCUCCAACACGCUGCUCCGUGAGGGCCCAGUCCUCAAGAUCUCCUUCCGCCGCAGCGACCCCCUAGAGCGCUACCUUUUCUUGUUUAACAACAUGCUGCUGUACUGUGUGCCCAGGGUGAUCCAGGUGGGCGCCCAGUUCCAGGUGAGGACCCGCAUCGACGUGGCCGGGAUGAAGGUGCGGGAGCUGAUGGAUGCUGAGUUCCCCUACUCCUUCCUGGUGUCCGGGAAGCAGCGCACCCUGGAGCUGCAAGCCCGGUCCCAGGAGGAAAUGAUUUCCUGGAUGCAGGCCUUCCAAGCAGCCAUUGACCAAAUCGAGAAGCGGAAUGAAACCUUCAAGGUUGCUGCCCAGGGGCCUGAGGGAGACACACAGGAAGAGGAGCUGCAGUCUGAGGAGCUGGGCCUCCGGGCACCGCAAUGGGUCCGGGACAAGAUGGUGACCAUGUGCAUGCGCUGCCAGGAGCCCUUCAACGCCCUGACGCGCCGCCGCCACCACUGCCGGGCCUGCGGCUACGUAGUGUGUGCCAGGUGCUCUGACUACCGUGCUGAGCUGAAAUACAACAACAGGCCCAGCCGGGUAUGCUUCCACUGCUACACCUUCCUCACCGGAAACGUGCUCCCAGAAGCCAGGGAGGACAAGAGGCGGGGCAUCCUGGAGAAAGAGUCCUCAGCCGCACCCGACCAGAGCCUGAUGUGCAGCUUCCUGCAGCUCAUUGGGGACAAGUGGGGCAAGAGCGGCCCCCGGGGCUGGUGUGUGAUCCCCCGGGAUGACCCCCUGGUACUCUAUGUCUAUGCUGCCCCCCAGGACAUUCGGGCUCACACCUCCAUCCCCCUAUUGGGCUACCAGGUGACCGCUGGGCCCCAGGGGGACCCUCGGGUCUUCCAGCUACAGCAGUCAGGCCAGCUUUACACCUUCAAGGCCGAGACGGAGGAGCUGAAGGGCCGCUGGGUGAAGGCCAUGGAGCGGGCGGCCAGCGGCUGGAGCCCCAGCUGGCCCAAUGACACGGACCUGUCUGACUGAGCCACUGCCAGCCGCUCUUCUGCCCACCUCUCCCCACCCUGCACCCAACUCCUGCCACAGACUGACCCUGUGGCCUCAGUGACCCACCGCCCCAAGCGGUGCUUUCACAGAAUUGAUUCAGCCAUCUGCACUUAGGCCAUGUGUCCCGAUCUGCGAUUCAGGAAAUACGGGUCCAUUCCUUUCUACGAAGGGGACAAACAAGUGUCUCAGUUUGUCUUGCAGGGAGGGGGCUCCUGGGUCAUGGGACUUCCAGUGCUCAAACCAGGAAAGCCCCAGGUGACCCCGGACUGCUGGUCACCCUAGUGUGGUUCCCAGCCAGGGCUGCUCAUUGUGUCUCCCAGGGAGCUUUUCAAGAGUACUGAUGAAAAACACAUAGUAAAUUGAUUGGUCUGAGACGAGGGAGACCAGGUUCUUUUUUUUUUUUUUUUUUUUUUUUUUUGAGGCAAAAUCUCACUCUGUUGCCCAGGCUGGAGUGCAGUGGCACAAACAUGGCUCACUACAGCUUUGAUCUCCUGGGCUCAGGGGAUCCUCCCACCUCAGCUCCCCAAGUAGCUGGGACUACAUUUGUGUGCCACUGUGCCUGGCUAAUUUUUUUUUUUUUUUUGUAGAGAUGGGAUUUCACCAUGUUACCCCGGCUGGCCUAAAACUUCUGGCCUCAAGCGAUGCUCCUACCUCCAUCUCCACCUCCCAAAGUGCUGGCAAUACAGGAGCCACCACACCUGGUACAUGCAUAUUUUUUGAGAAUGCCCACAGGAGUCUAAUACAUAGCGUGGGUUAUGCAAACUACCACGACCGACGGUUGGUCCCCUAGCAAGUGCCAGGCAUGAUCGUAGUUAUAAAAAUAAUAAACAUCUAUUGGGCCAGACUCUGUGCAAAGUGUUUUAUGUGGAUUAUGUCACUUUGCCAUCCAGAGUUAUCCUUAUUUCCAGGUGAGGACACUGACUCAGAGAGGGUUAGUAAUUGGCUCAAGGUCAUGUAGCUCAUAGAUGCCAGAGCCUGGUUUUAACCCAUGGAACCAAGGUCAAAGCUCUUCCCAGCAUGUAGCAGAACAAUGAAGCAAGCAGAGAGGGGAGGAGAGUGAGGAGAAGGCAAGGAGAGGGAAAGAGAGUGAAGAAAGCUGGGAAGACAAGAGGAAAAAGUGAAUGGUGGGAGGAAGGGGGACGGGAGGAGUGUCCCUGUCCCCUCAUCCCCACCCGGCUGGUGGGUGAGGAUGCUUUUUCAUAAGCGACCACCAGGGGGAGGCAGUGUUCAGCAAGCCAGGUGGAGUGGCCCCAGCAGUGGCGGGAACACCCUCAGGGGCUCUCAGCAGGUCCAGCCAUUGCUGAACUCUGCUCUGGAAGGAGGAAGCAUGGAUGAGUCAUAGGUUUUGGUCCCAUCACAGGCCCAGCAGCCUGCCUGUCUCCAACCUGAGGCUACUUCCCUCCUGUAGGGUGUUUGUUUAUUUGAGACAGCUUUGCUCUGUCACUCAGGCUGCAGUACAGUGGUGUGAUCAGAGCUCACUGGAACCUUGACCUCCUGGACUCAAGCCAGCCUCCUUCCUCAGCCUCCUGAGUAUCUGGAACCACAGGCACAUGUCACCAUCCCAGCUAAUUUUAAAAUUUUUGUAGAGAUAGGGUCUCACUAUGUUGCCCAGACGACCCUAAACUCCUGGGCUUAAGCGAUCCUCCUGUCUCAGCCUCCCAAAGUGUUGGGAUUAUAGGCUGAGCCACCAUGCCUGGACAGCGUCAGCAUUUUAUUUAUUUUUAUUUUUGAGGUGGAGUCUCUCUCUGUUGUCCAGGUUGGAGUGCAGAGGCGCCAUCUCGGCUCACUGCAACCUCUGCCUCCCAGGUUCAAGUGAUUCUCCUACCUCAGCCUCCCGAGUAGCUGGGGUUACAGUGGCACGCCAACCACGCCCAGGUAAUUUUUGUAUCUUUAGUAGAGAUGGAGUUUCACCAUGUUGGCCAGGCUGAUCUCAACUCCUGACCUCAGGUGAUCCACCUGCCUCGGCCUCCCAAAGUGCUGAGAUUACAGGCAUGAGCCACUGCGCCCAACCUGCGUCAGCAUUUUAAAACUCACUGAUGAUGCUGAAGGCAGCUGGCUCGGUAAGAGCAGAGUCAAUUCUGCAGCACUGGUACCUAAGCUUGUCCAGGGAGUAGUCUGAGUGGGAGUAUGGGGAGUGGCUUCACUGUGGAGCAAACUGAGGUAGCAGUCAGGAGAGGGAAGGGGGGCACACAACCUUUGUAUUGCCAUUGUUAGAUUUACUGAGCUGUAAUUUACAGAUCGUAAAAUCCACCCUUGUUGGUUUAUUCUAUAAGUUUUGGCAGGAGAGUACAGUCACACGGCCACCACCACAAUCCCCCCAUAAGUGUCCUCAUGCUGUCUUUUGUAGUCAACCCACACCUCUACCCCUUGCCUCUGGUAACCUUGAUCUGUUUCUGACUGAUAUUUUGCCUUUCCCAGAUGUCAUUUAAAUGGAACCACAGCUUUUCCAGCCUGGCUUCCUUUACUCAGCAUUACAUAUUUGAGAUUCA